UAAAUUCACAAGAUAAAUAUCAAUCAAAAUUAUUAAUAAAAAAUAUUAAAUUUCUUAUUGAAGCUGGAAGAUUGGUUAUUGUCUUUUAUUAUAAUUGCAAUUAAAUUUAGAGGUUACGAAUACUUAUUAAAUAACAAUUCAAUAGUUUCGCUCAGCAAAUAGGAAAUAUUUUAUAAAUCAAAUUCUAUUAUCUUGUCAAUGUCUUCUUCAACAAACAAUGCAAAUGCAAAUAAGCAGUCUGAUGGGAUGCCUAAAGGCUAAGUAAAUUAGCAAACCUCAUCACAAUCUAAUUCGUUAGGUUUAGCAUAACAAGUACAAUAGUAAAAGGAAUUGCAGUAAAGUGGAGGUAGAGUAUAAGCAUGCCCUGAUGGGAGCCAACCAGUUUCUAGAAGGAAUUCAAAUAAUCAUUAAAAUGAUAAAUAAUAGCCAUAAGCAAAAAAUGGCAAUCAAUAGGGUUCUCACGUAAAAGAAGUAAAUGUCAAUUAUUCAGAUGAUGAAAUUCACAUCAAUCCAGAUUUGGAAAAAUUUUUCAAAAAAAGAGAAUUCAUUGAAUAAAUAUAGAAGCCAAUGCUACGAUCAAGCUAAGAUAGAUUUGGUGAUGUUAAAUCUGCUGGUUCUAGUGUUGGAGCAUAAUAGUCAGUUAACAAUUAAAGAAGAGCUUUACAUUAAAUGGGAUUGAUAAGCAAAUAGGAAUCAAAUAAUGAAGCUACUAAAUUAAAUAAACUCAAACGCUAUUCAGAUAAAUUAAGCAACGCCAUUAAGUCAUUACAACAAUGGGAAGAACCUUUAGUUUAAAUGGGGGUUGCAAAAACUCCUGAUGAAAGGUUUGAAAAUGCAGAAAAGGUAUUAAAUCGUUGGUAGGAUUUGGGUCUUAUUGAUGGGCCAGAUACAGAAUAAAUGAUGAUGAAAUACCCUGAGUAUGAAAAUGAAUUAUAAAAUGAAAAAAUAAAUCCUAAAAUUAAGAACAAUCACAAUUCAAAUCAUUUUCAUAGCGAUAAAUAUAAUUAAAGCUUAAAUAAUUUUAAUAGAAUUAAUAAAGAUGAUGUUGACUAGGAUUAGGAAAUACCAAAGACAAAUUUUAAGAUAAGGAACAAUAGAGAUGGUUCGUAAACUAACAGAUAUAAAAAUGGAACAGGAGAUUUGCACCGCUAAGUUUAAUAAUCUCCUAGAUUGAACACAGAAAAGAAUUUAAAGGAAGAAUUAUAAUAACAUUCACUUUAAAAUAAUAUGUUCACUCCUUAAAAUAAACUAAGAAAGUCUUCUUAACAAAACCCCAAGAGAAAUCUCAAUAUGCUAGAUGAAUAGAUAAUAAAGAAUCUUAACGAAAAUAAAUUUUUGGAAGAUUAAAAAAAUUAAAUAAUGGCCAAUAAUCUUAAUCACCAACAUAGGCCUUAAUACUAGUAAAAAUUAUUAUCUAACACCUAACCUAUAGCUUAAAAUAAUUUAAUGUCUUCAUCUUAAAAUGAAUAUGGAACAUCUCCAAAUAUAAACAAUUCAGUAAAUGGUCAUAUACUUCAAGCUCGUCCUAGGCUAAGAACUCCUAAAAAGAGUGAAAAAUUAAAUGCUCCACCUGAAUAUAACGAAGCUAUUACAAAUGAAAUAGAAAAAUAAUAUAGAAUGCGUUACUCAAGUGCAGAACCCCAUACUAACAACUAACAUAAUUUAUACGAUUCUACUCCAGGAAACAGCUACUAAAAGUAUGGUACUUCUUUCUUGUAGCCAUAAAGCACAAGGAAGGAUACCUAUGCAAAUACACAUCGCAGUGGAGAUGAAAAUGAAGUUUCCUCUUUGUUCCCAUAAAUCCACAAUUUCUCAGAAACAUUUAGACUUACAUCAGGAGGAAAAUUAAAAAAUUCAAUGAACCAAUCAAGAGCUGAAACUCCUAAGAGAAAGACAAACUACGUAUCAACAGCUUAUCCACAUGCUACAUUAAUGGGAAAUUAAAUACGUGGAAGUACUCCUAAAUAUUAAAAUAGAAACCAAUUAUGA